AUGGACACUUCUACACAGGGGGUAUGGACACUUCUACACAGGGGGUAUGGACACUUCUACACAGGGGGUAUGGACACUUCUACACAGGGGUAUGGACACUUCUACACAGGGGUAGGACACUUCUACACAGGGAUGGACACUUCUACACAGGGGGUAUGGACACUUCUACACAGGGGGUAUGGACCUUCUACACAGGGGUAUGGACACUUCUGCACAGGGGGUAUGGACACUUCUGCACAGGGGGUAUGGACACUUCUGCACAGGGGUAUGGACCUUCACAGGGGGUAUGGACCCUUCUACACAGGGGGUAUGGACCCUUCUACACAGGGGGUAUGGACACUUCUACACAGGGGGUAUGGACACUUCUACACAGGGGGUAUGGACACUUCUACACAGGGGGUAUGGACACUUCUACACAGGGGGUAUGGACACUUCUGCACAGGGGCAUGGACACUUCUACACAGGGGGUAG